AUGAUCAAGAGUGAAGGGAAGAAGACCAAUGGAGCUAAGAAACCAGGGAGUGACAUAGGACAAUCCAAAGAGAGCCUUGCAGGGCACCAACCCAAGAUGAAGACUCCUGGAACCUCGUCCAUCAGUGAGAACUUGGGAACGAAUCCGGCCACUACUCCAGUCAAAGGAGUAAGUAAAGGAAGGAAAAUUAUGUUCUCCCCUGACCAAGGGAAGGAACCAAUUGUGCCAGAAAAUGCACAACCCCCCCCCCCCCCUGCAGAACCAAUGGAGUGCUCUACAGGGGAGGGAGUGGUGGCCAUGGCCACCAAGAUAUGCUGA